AUGUCGGUUCCGCCGAUCCAAGCGGACCUGCCGGUCCUAGACCGUGCCGAGAAGGAGGGAAAGUUCACCGACUCCGACCUCAAGACGGCCCCGACCACGUACUCGAACGAUCAUUCGGGCAGCGACGAUGAGGGAUACGACAAGAAGAACCCCUUCAUUGACCCCGACGUGGCGGCCCAUUGGCGGGACGUCUACGAAGGGUCGAGCUACGAGUGCCGUCACCUCUUCGACCCAAACUUGACUUGGACUGCCGAGGAAGAAAAGAAGAUUAUCCGCAAGUUGGACUGGCGCGUAUGCCUCUGGGCAUGCGUCAUGUUCUUCGGCCUCCAAGUCGAUCGUGGCAACCUAGUGCAAGCCGUGUCAGACAACUUCUUGGCUGAUCUGAAAAUGACAACCAAUGACUACAACUACGGAAACACCAUCUUCUUGGUUUCCUUCUUGUUUGCCGAACUGCCAUCACAACUGAUCUCCAAGAAAGUUGGUCCUGAUCGGUGGAUUCCCAUGCAAAUCUGCCUGUGGUCUCUGGUAGCCACGUUUCAGAGUUUCAUAACCGGCAGAGCUUCCUUUUUUGUUACUCGUGCUCUUCUGGGUGUAUUGGAGGGAGGCUUCAUUCCCGACAUUGUCUUGUGGCUGAGCUACUUCUAUACAUCAAAGGAGCUGCCGAUUCGUCUCAGUUACUUCUGGACGACCCUCUCGGCAACUACUAUCAUCACUUCGUUGAUGGCUUAUGGCUUGCUACACAUGCGCGGUGUUGCCGGUUGGGCAGGAUGGAGAUGGCUUUUUGCCAUUGAGGGUGCCAUUACCUUUAUUGUCGGCGCUGCUUCCUUCUUCAUGAUGCCUGCUUCCGCCGUGCAGACCAAGACCUGGUUCCGCCCGAACGGAUGGUUCACCGACAGGGAAGAAGCCAUCGUGGUGAACCGCGUCUUGCGCGAUGACCCUAGCAAAGGCGACAUGCACAACCGUCAAGCCAUUACACCGCGACUCCUCUGGGAGUCGAUGAAGGACUACGACCUGUGGCCCAUCUACAUACUUGGUCUUGUGGCUUAUAUCCCGCAGAGUCCGCCCACCAAGUAUAUCACCCUGGUGCUCACUUCUGCCGGAUUCGACACAUUUACGACCAAUUUGUUGACUAUUCCAUCGAGCGUUAUGCACAUCAUUACCCUCCUUGCCAUCACAAGGCUUUCGGAAUAUUUGAAUGAGCGAUCCCUUGUCUCCAUGUUACAGGCGGUAUGGACCCUGCCUUGCGUGUUUGCGUUGCGUUUCUGGGGAAACAUUAUCACCGACGCUUGGGGCACAUAUGCCGUGGUGACGGUAUUGCUGUCCUACCCUUACUGCCACGCUAUCCUCGUCGCUUGGACAUCAAAGAACUCCAACAACGUCGGAACUCGCUCUGUGUCUGCGGCAUUAUAUAACAUGUGUGUCCAGAUGGGAAGUGUCAUCUCCAACUUCAUCUACUUGGACGACGACAAGCCCAAGUACCGCCGCGGCAAUGGCGUUCUCUUGGGGAUUGAUAUUCUCGUCAUUAUCCUCUUCCUCUUGACCAAGGCUUACUAUGUCUGGCGAAACAAGCAGCGCGACAGGGUCUGGAACGGAAUGACCGAGGACGCGAGACGUGAUUAUACCAGAAACACCAAGCUGCAAGGCAGUCGCAGAUUGGACUUUAGAUUUGCUCACUAA